ACAAGCAACAGCCAGUGACGAAUAUUAAUUUAUUUCUCUUUCGAUCAUAUUUUGAUUUAAGACUAAGAGAAUUUCGGUUUUUUCUAAAUUUACUUUGGGAGCAGAAGGAGAUGGAGGACAUAGAAGCACAAAUGACUGAGAAAAAAGAACGUGAAGCAGCAACUAUUUUGAAGAAAGCCAAUAGUCCAGUCACUUUGAAGUUUGAAGAUGUCGUCUACAAAGUUGAACCUACCAAAAAAGGAUUAUGUCAAAAGGGCAUAAUUAAAAAGGAAGAGAAAGUUAUUUUAAAGGGAAUCACAGGUUUUGUUCUACCAGGUGAAAUGUUAGCCAUGUUAGGUCCAUCAGGUUGUGGCAAAACGACACUAUUAACAGCUUUAGGAGGGAAACUAAUAGAUGGAAAACUUGAAGGAACUAUAACUUACAAUGGCAAGCCCUUUUCUAAUGUUAUGAAAAGAAAUUCUGGUUUUGUUACUCAACAUGAUAUUCUCUAUCCUCACUUGACUGUGACUGAAACCCUAGUUUUCACUGCCUUUCUUAGAUUACCUAAUAGUUUAACAAAAGAAGAGAAAAUUAUGCAUGCAGAAGCUGUUAUUACUCAACUAGGUUUAGUUAAGUGCAAGAAUACUAUAAUAGGUGGGCCAUUCUUGAGAGGAGUUUCAGGGGGUGAAAGGAAAAGGGUUAGUAUAGGUCAAGAACUGCUAGUGAAUCCUAGUUUGCUUUUCUUGGAUGAACCAACUUCUGGUCUUGAUUCUACAACUGCUCAAAGAAUUGUGUCUUCUGUUUGGGAACUAGCAAAAGGAGGAAGAACAGUUGUGAUGACAAUACACCAGCCUUCAAGUAGGCUUUUUUACAUGUUUGACAAGAUUUUGUUGCUGUCUGAAGGAAAUUCUUUGUAUUUUGGGAAUGGAUCAAAAGCUAUGGAUUAUUUUCAUAGUAUUGGUUAUGCUCCUUCAGUUACUAUGAAUCCUUCAGAGUUUCUUUUGGAUCUUGCAAAUGGAUUAGCAUCACAGAGUGAUGCAGGCAACGCCCAGGCCAAGGUCAAGCAGACUCUAGUUUCUGCUUAUAAGAACAAUCUUGCAAACAAAUUGAAGGCAGAGAUUGAAGCUGCUGAUAAUCGUCACCUUCAAGAUGGAUUAACUAAUAAGCAGUAUUCAGAGUGGCCUAUAACUUGGUGGCAACAGUUUCAAAUCCUGUUUAGAAGAGGAAUUAAAGAAAGGAAGCAUAAGUCUUUUUCAGGCCGCAGGAUAGUGCAGGUUUUAGUAAUGUCCUUGCUUUCUGGUUUACUAUGGUGGCAAUCUGAUACUUCUCACUUGCAAGAUCAGAUAGGGCUCCUCUUCUUUUGCACUGGAUUCUGGGGUUUCAUCCCUUUAUAUCAAGCAAUCUUCACCUUUCCUACAGAACGAAGGAUGCUAGCGAAAGAACGAUCUUCAGGCACGUAUAGACUAUCAUCAUAUUUCAUAUCAAGAAUGGCCGGUGAUCUUCCAAUGGAGCUACUCCUUCCAACAAUAUUUGUCACCAUAACCUAUUGGAUGGCAGGGCUAAAACCCACACCACAAAAUUUCUUGCACACCUUAUUUGUUCUCUUGUUUAACGUCUUAUUAUGGCAAAGCCUAGGCCUUGCUCUUGGUGCUCUGAUAAUGAACCAAAAAUCAGCUACUAUACUAGGUUCAAUCAUUAAUCUAUCCUUUCAAUUAGCUGGAGGAUAUUUUAUUAGACAAGUUCCUUUUUUUAUUGCAUGGAUUAAGUACAUUUCUAUUAGCCGAUACACAUACAAGCUAUUGUUGGGAUCUCAGUACAAGCCUAGUGAGACUUACCCAUGUGGAGAUGGUGUUUGUUCAAUUAGAAACUAUCCUUCAAUAAAGAUAGUGGGGCUUGAUGGGCAGCUUCUCUCUGCUUUUGCUUUGGGGAUUAUGUUUUUGGGUUAUAGGCUCAUUGCUUAUCUUGCUCUUAUGAGGAUUGGAGCGACUAGAAAGUAGAGAAGAAGUGCCAUUUAUUAUAUUUGUACAAUGUUAAUUGAAUUAUAGAAUCCUAUUAAAUAUUCUAAAUAUUUUUUUUAUUCGAA